AUGAAAAGUUUUACCAUAUGCUAUGUAUUCUUUUUCCUCCUCUCUGUUGCAUUUCUGAUAGAAUAUUCAGGAGCAGCUGAGGGAGACAAGGAUGGGGUUUAUAUUGUCUACAUGGGAGCUGCGGCAGCAAAUGGUUCUUUAAAGAAUGAGCAUGCUCAGCUUCUGAGAUCUUUGUUAAGACGGAGAAAGAAUGCUCUAGUGCACAGCUAUGAACAUGGAAUUUCAGGGUUUGCAGCUCGUUUAUCAGCAGCAGAAGCACAAUCAAUUGCUAAAAAACCUGGAGUAGUAUCAGUUUUUCCUGAUCCUGUCUACCAACUCCACACAACUCGUUCAUGGGAUUUCUUGGAGUAUGGAACCGAUCCAGAGAUUGACUCGAAUCCGCAUUAUGAUUCGAACUCGUCUUCUCAAGAAUCUGACACGAUCAUUGGAUUUUUAGAUACAGGUAUUUGGCCUGAGUCUGAGAGUUUCAACGACAAGGAUAUGGGUCCAAUACCAUCACGCUGGAAGGGUGCCUGUGCUGAAGCGCAUGAUUUCAAUUCAUCCAACUGUAAUAGGAAGUUUGGGUCAGAAUUUGUGUUGGGUGAUAACAAGGUGAUUAAGGGUGAAGCCAUAAAUUUUGCCAAUAUUGGAAAAUCUCCAGUGCAUCCGUUGGUAUAUGGAACUAAGUUAGUUAGAGACUGCUUCCCAGAUUCUAUGGCCGAUGACACGAUCAAAGGAAAGAUCGUCAUCUGUGAGAAUUAUAACGAUACAGGGUCACAGUAUGUCAAGAAAUCGGAAGUGCAGAACUUGGGAGGAAUUGGACUUGUUUUGGUUGAGGACAGGUCAAGGGGACUUGCAAAUAAUUUCCAGGAAUUUCCAAUGACUGUGAUCCGUUCAAAGGAUGCUGCUGAGCCUGAUAUUGCAGCUCCAGGAACAGACAUACUUGCAGCUUGGUUGGACAAUGAUACCGCAGUGACUCUUAAAGGUAAAGAAUCCCCAAAAUUCAACAUUAUCUCAGGAACUUCCAUGUCAUGUCCACAUGUUUCUGGAAUGGCUGCUGUGGUCAAAUCCCAGUACCCCUCAUGGAGUCCCUCUGCAAUCAAAUCAGCCAUUAUGACAACAGCAUCUCAGAUAAGCAAUACGGGGGGCUCAAUAACAACAGAAUUAGGUUCCAUAGCCACAGCUUAUGAUUAUGGGGCGGGAGAAAUAAGCAUCAGUGGACCAUUACAACCAGGUCUUGUUUAUGAAACCACAACCAUUGACUACUUAAACUUCCUAUGCUAUCACGGCUACAAUACAUCCACAAUCAAAGUUAUUUCAAAAGAUGUUCCAGCUGGUUUUGCUUGUCCGAAGGACUCAAGCGUUGAUCUUAUGUCCAACAUCAACUAUCCGUCCAUAGCAGUUUUCAACCUCACUGGAAAUCAGACCAGGGCUGUUAACAGAACCCUUACAAAUGUUGCUGGAGAUGGUACUAUAACAUACUCUCUAACCACUGAAGCACCACCGAGCGUUCUGAAAAUCGAAGUGAGUCCGACUAGCCUGCAAUUUAACAAAAAUGGGCAGAGACUGAGUUAUCAAGUAAUUUUCAAGCCAACUGUCUCUUCAUUAAAGGAAGACGUUUUUGGGUCGAUUAUAUGGGCUAACAAAAAAUUUAAAGUCCGAACUCCAUUUGUUGUAAGUAAAUUAGGAGCAGCUGAAGGAGCAGCUGAAGGAGAUAAGGAUGGUGUUUAUAUUGUUUACAUGGGAGCUGCGACAGCAGAUGUUUCUUCAAAGAAUCACCAUGCCCAGCUUCUGAGCUCUGUUUUGAAACGGAGAAAGAAUGCUGUAGUGCACAGUUAUGAACAUGGAAUUUCAGGGUUUGCAGCUCGUUUAUCAGCAGCAGAAGCACAAUCAAUAGCUAAAAAACCCGGAGUUGUAUCAGUUUUUCCUGAUCCUGUCUACCAACUUCACACAACUCGUUCCUGGGAUUUCUUGAAAUAUGGAACCGAUGUAAAGAUUGACUUACGCCCCAAUUCUGACUCUAACUCCUCUUCUCCAGGAUAUGAUGCGAUCAUUGGAAUUAUAGAUACAGGUAUUUGGCCCGAGUCUGAGAGUUUUAGUGACAAGGAUUUGGGUUCAAUACCAUCGCGCUGGAACGGUUCCUGUGCCGAUGCGCAUGAUUUCAACUCAUCCAAUUGUAAUAGAAAAAUAAUUGGAGCAAGAUCUUACGGUGAUGAUGGUGAUAGACUGGAUAAUACACCAAGAGAUAUGAUUGGGCAUGGCACUCAUGGUGAAGCCAUAAAUUUUGCCAGUAUUGGAAAAUUUCCGGUACAUCCGUUGAUAUAUGCAAAGUCAGCCAAGAAUACUGACGUGACUGAAAGUGAGGCUAGGUAUGCAAUAUUUACGUGA